UCAAUCAGCUGAUCAAUUGAACUUGAUCUAUAGACGCCGGGAGUGGCUAACUGUGAUGCAAACUUGGCCUUAUUUGAUUUGAAAUCAAUCCUGAUAGACGGCAGGGUAGUGCAGGUGUGAGAAUAGAACACGUGUUGGUAUUGUAGCAGUGUAUAAUGUAUGCUAACCACAGACCAACAGUUCAGCUGCAAAAGAAAUGGAUUAAAACGUACGGAUGUGAGGAUUCAUUAUUUCCCCUCUCACGUCCUCAGGAAAUCUCCGACAUUAUCAGGAAGUGGAGUAGCUAUUGACCAGGAGAUCAAUGUGUUAUCAUGUAUUGGGACCGGACUAACCGUAUCGAUCUAACGAUGUCUAUUGAGCAGGAACAGGCUGAGGGGCUAACAGACGAACAUAUCGCAGAGUACCGAGAGGUGUUUGAUGUAUACGAUAAAAACAAAGAUGGCGUGAUUGAAGCGAAGGAGUUAGAGAAAGUGAUGCGAGACUUGGGGCAGAACCCAAGCAGUGAUGAGAUCAGCGAGCGGAUGAGCGAGGGUGACAUCAACGGCGAUGGAACAAUCGAUUUUCACGAGUUUCUUCUGAUGAUGGUCAAACGACGGAAAUGUCCGAGGAAUGACGAUGACCUUCAGCGGGCAUUUAGUGUAUUCGAUAAGGACGGAAAUGGUUUCAUAUCCAGAGAGGAACUAAGAAGUGUCAUGGAAACGCUAGGAGAGAAACUCACCGACAGCGAACUGGACGAAAUGUUGAAGGAAGCGGACAAAGAUGGCGACGGUCAAGUUAACUAUGAAGAGUUUGUACAGAUCAUGGAGGAAAGAAAAAAGCUAGAAAAGCCAGGAGGCAGUUUGAUAUUGCGACAGUUCACACCACAGAGGAAUCAUGUCGAGUUUCAAGAAAUGUGUAUGAAUUUAUCCGCUGUCACCAUGGUAACACCUGGGUCCUCCACCAUGAAUUUAUCCGCUGUCACCAUUGUAACACCUGGGUCCUCCGCCAUGAAUUUAUCCGCUGUCACCAUGGUAACACCUGGGUCCUCCACCAUGAAUUUAUCCGCUGUCACCAUUGUAACACCUGGGUCCUCCGCCAUGAAUUUAUCCGCUGUCACCAUUGUAACACCUGGGUCCUCCGCCAUGAAUUUAUCCGCUGUCACCAUUGUAACACCUGGGUCCUCCGCCAUGAAUUUAUCCGCUGUCACCAUGGUAACACCUGGUUCUUCCGCCAUGAAUUUAUCCGCUGUCACCAUUGUAACACCUGGGUCCUCCGCCAUGAAUUUAUCCGCUGUCACCAUUGUAACACCUGGGUCCUCCGCCAUGAAUUUAUCCGCUGUCACCAUUGUAACACCUGGGUCCUCCGCCAUGAAUUUAACCGCUGUCACCAUUGUAACACCUGGGUCCUCCACCAUGAAUUUAUCCGCUGUCACCAUGUUCCAGGCUGAGGAUUUAACACCAGAUCAAGUUGCAGAAUGCAAGGAGGCGUUCGGCAUGUUCGACAAGGACGGCGAUGGUACCAUCACUACCAAGGAACUGACGACGGUGAUGAGAUCACUGGGCCAGAACCCAACAGAGGCUGAACUCAGGAGCAUGCUCCAAGAAGUGGAUGCUGAUGGAAGUGGAACUAUAGAUUUCUGCGAAUUUCUCACCAUGAUGGCGAAACGGAUGGGAAAUGCUCCAGAGUCCCCCGAAGAACAGAUGCUAGAAGCAUUCCGACUGUUCGACAGGGAUGGAAAUGGCUCCAUUAGUCCGGAGGAACUGAAGCAGGUGAUGGCUAACUUGGGCGAAAAGUUGACAGACGAGGAGCUGGACUGCAUGAUCAAGGAGGCUGACACAGACGGAGACGGGAGCGUUAAUUAUGAGGGGUUUUUUUGUUUUGUUUCAGAAUUUGUGAAGAUGAUGAGCAGCCGAUGA